AUGUCGUUGAGGCCGAACGCGAGAGUGGAGGCGAGGAGGAACAAGUACAAGGUGGCGGUGGAUGCAGAUGAAGGGCGGAGAAGGAGGGAAGACAACCUGGUGGAGAUCCGAAAGAAUAAGAGAGAAGAAAGCUUGCUUAAGAAGCGACGUGAGGGACUUCAGACCCAACAACAACAGCAACUGCAACAACAACAACUCAACUCCUCUGUUAACAUUCCCGCUUCUGAUAAGCCGUUAGACGCUCUUCCAGCAAUGGUUGCUGGUGUUUGGUCAGAUGACAAGAAUUUGCAGUUUGAGGGAACUACUCAUUUCCGAAAGCUGCUCUCAAUAGAACGCAAUCCUCCAAUCAAUGAAGUUAUACAAUCAGGGGUUGUCCCCCGCUUCAUUGAGUUUCUUGUUAGGGAUGAUUUUCCACAGCUUCAGUUUGAGGCGGCUUGGGCGCUCACGAAUAUUGCUUCUGGGACAUCAGAAAACACCAGGGUUGUAAUUGACCACGGGGCAAUCCCAAUUUUUGUUAAACUUUUAAGUUCUCCAGCCGAGGAUGUCAGGGAACAGGCUGUUUGGGCAUUAGGAAAUGUUGCUGGUGACUCACCAAAAUGCCGUGAUCUAGUCCUUGGUCAUGGGGCUUUGAUGCCUUUGCUUGCACAAUUCAAUGAACAUGCAAAGCUUUCUAUGUUAACAAAUGCAACUUGGACAUUAUCGAACUUCUGCAGGGGCAAGCCCCAACCUUUAUUUGACCAGACAAAACCUGCCCUCCCAACUCUUGAGCGUCUUAUACAUUCAAAUGAUGUGGAAGUCCUCGCAGAUGCAUGCUGGGCAUUGUCAUAUCUCUCAGAUGGAUCCAAUGACAAAAUCCAAGCUGUAAUUGAUGCUGGUGUCUGCCCUCGUCUUGUUGAACUUUUACUUCAUCCAUCUCCGACAGUGCUCAUCCCUGCUCUACGUACAGUAGGAAACAUUGUUACUGGAGAUGACAUGCAGACUCAGUGUAUGAUAAACCAUCAAGUUCUCCAAUACCUUUUGAACUUACUGACAAGUAAUUGCAAGAAGAGCAUCAAGAAGGAAGCAUGCUGGACAAUCUCAAACAUCACAGCUGGAAAUGUAAAUCAGAUACAGGCUGUACUGGAAGCAGGUAUUAUUGGCCAUCUUGUCCAAUUGCUUCAAAAUGCUGAAUUUGAGAUCAAGAAAGAGGCUGCUUGGGCAGUUUCAAAUGCAACAUCUGGUGGAAGCCAUGAACAAAUCAAAUUUCUGGUGGACCAGGGGUGCAUCAAGCCAUUAUGUGAUCUUUUGAUUUGUCCUGACCCUAGAAUUGUCACAGUUUGCUUAGAAGGGCUAGAGAACAUUCUAAAGGCUGGGGAAGCUGAAAAGAACUUGGGCAACACAGGAAAUGCAAAUCUGUAUGCCCAAAUGAUUGAAGAUGUUGAGGGUUUAGAAAAGAUUGAGAAUCUUCAGAGUCAUGACAACAAUGAAAUAUAUGAGAAAGCAGUGAAGAUUCUUGAGACAUAUUGGGUGGAGGAUGGUGAUGACUUCGAGGCAUUUUCUCCAGGCGAUGCUUCCCAAUCUGGAUUUCAGUUUGGGGGGACCGAAGUUCCUGUUCCUUCUAAUGGAUUUAAAUUCAGUUAA